AAGGUAGAUGGCAAGCUAUAUACUGUCACAUUUAAAGUAACCCUUGAUUUAAAAGCACUAUAUCUCUUACUUGUCAAAGAUGAAGACAUCGAUUUCAUGUUGGGUGGAAAAGRCCUGUAUGUGGAAUUCUGCUUUUUUUGUAAUGCUUUGAGGAAUUGCUCUUGUGAUUUGGGUCCAGACACAAUUUGUUUAGAACAUCUCCAUGAAACUAAAGCAAAUAUUGGAGGUUUUAAAGGAAUCAGAGAUGACCUUACAUUUCUCUUGGAAGAGGAUUUGCUAUCARUUAACCUGUGCGCACUUCAUUGUGAGCUCCGCAACACAGAGCAACUUCUUGGUAACCUUGGGCUGAUCUCUCAUAAACUGGGAACGUUGAAAUCUUGCAAUGAAACACUUUCCAAGUAUGGUCCUGAGACUACUGGUAAUCGUAUCACCAUUAAAAUGAAGGAAGGGCAGACUACUUCAGUCAAAAAACACAAUGUUCAAGUUACAUCACUGUCAGGAAACACCGAAAGAAAAAUAUUGAAAAACAUAGAGGACGUAGUAAGAGCCGCCCUACCUCGAGAGUCAUUGCAGGAGAGCUACGAUAAUCCCACCCUAGCUAAACAGGUCGUCCUUAACAAGAUCUCUUUUUGUUCCCAACAAAUUGAGGUUUGUUAUUCAAAAGUAUCAUCUUAG